UAAUUGUGAUUUUUUUUUCAGAAAUGUCGUGUGAUGUUAACUGGCUGAAAUUGCAGAUGGUAAUUAAACAAAAGCAGAACGAAAAGCAAGCAAGCAAAGUCACUAAAAAUGAGCGUUCUAGUACCUCGAUUAAGAAUGAUACAACACGGAAGCAACAGAUUCCCAGACCCUCCAAGACGAAAACCACAGUUAGCGUCGGGCAAGAUGCAAAUGUAAAAGCUUCGAAGUCAAAUUCUGCAUCAAAAUCAUUCAGCGCUCCGAACCUGAAAAGAAAGGAAACGAAUAGCUCAUACAAGAAGCUUGGGGUUAAGGCUGAAACACAAUCAUACUUCAGUAAAGAGGACUGGGACGAUGUCAAUUUCGACGUAAUGCCUGCUCCUAAAAUACUAAAACGGGACCGCAUUUUUGAAAAAUUUUUACUGGAUGACCAGGGAUACCUUAUCGAUGGUCUAGAAACCUCUGAUCAGAAAGAAAGAAGCGCUUUUCAAAAAAGGGAUCCGGAACGUGGAGAAGACCAUUUAAGGAUCCCAGAAAGGAUAAAAGAAACGGCGAAUAGUAAUAGACAGUUGCAGUUAGAAUUACCGACAUCGAUGAUGGAGCCGACAAAGGCGGUUGCAUUGGAUUGUGAGAUGGUGGGAGCUUUGAAGGCGGGAUCCUUCAGUCUGCUAGCGAGGGUUUCAAUUGUGAACUCACAUGGCCAUCCUUUAUAUGACAAGUAUGUGAAGCCAGAAGUGGACAUUACAGACUACAGGACUGAGUUAUCGGGUAUAACAGCCGAGAAACUGAGCGAGAAGGGAGAGCCCCUGCAGAAAGUGCAGAAAGAAGUGGCUCAGUUACUUAAGGGCAGAGUUGUAAUUGGCCAUGCAAUCCCAAACGAUUUCAAGGUCCUAUUUCUGAGCCACCCCAAGCGAGACACCCGGGAUACAAGCAUGUACCCGCCUUUCCGCAAGCUGGCCUCGGGUCCCAGGAAAACUCCGGCACUUCGCGUGCUCGCAGAAAAAAUACUUGGAAUCCAGAUCCAAUCGGGAGAACAUGACUCAAUCCAAGAUGCGCAAGUGGCAAUGAAAUUGUACAUGACAAAUAGAAGCAAGUGGGAAUGUUGGUUAGGAAGGAAACUUGCCAAAUUGAAAGGUAAACAGGAGUUGGAGGUUGUUGAACAAGACGGGUCGUUGUCAAAGGGAAAAGAGCCAAGAAAAAGAAAAAGAAAGAAAGGAAGAGGUUCAAAAAGCAAAUGAAUUUCUUCAAUUUUGGAGUAAUUGAAAUUUUUUGUUUAUGGAA